CCGGCAGGGGCCGAGCGGGUCAGAGGGCGGCGGGAGGACCGGGGCCGCCCCUCGCCGAGCGCGCAGCCCCUGCGCCUCGCUCUCGGCCCAGAUCAGAGGACGGGGUGGGGGCGCCCGUGCGAACGCAAGGCGGGGCCUCGCGGGAGGCCUCCGGCCCCGGGGACGGUCGGCUGGACCGCUGCACCUGCGGAGCGGCCGGGAGCCCGCGUCACCCGCGGCGGGGCCGCCUCGCGCGCAGUCUGGCGAGGUGCGCGCCUCGCGGCCGGCCUCCCGUCCGCCAAGCACCGCAGGCCCAGGGCGGCCUCCGCCGGGAUCUGCGCUUCACGCCGCCCGGGAGCCCGCGCGCACCUCGGGCUGCUCGCGCCCGCACCGGGGACCGCCGAGGAGACCGCGGGAACGCGAGCGGCAUCGCCAGCAGCCGGGAGCCUGGCCCCCGGAGUCCCCAGCACUCGGAGCCGCAGGACCUGACAGCUGGCGCAGGAGGCCGUCCAGGGAGAGCAAGAGCGAAACAGGAAGCUCUGAGUGAUGUUCCCAGGCUGUCCAUCAGCGACACGACAAAAACUGUCUGAAGUUCUGAGCUGGAAUUCCUCUGAGGAAUGCAGUGAGUAGGAGGCACUGUCCCCUGGGAGGACCGCUGUGUCACUGUCACCCACAGGACUCAGAGAGGCCAAGCAACUUGACCGGGGCGAACAGCUAAUUCCCCACCUUGUCCUGCCCCGUUAGCAGGGACGCCGCGGCGGCCCCCGGGCGGUCUGUUUCUGGACGCGCUGCACCGGGCCCAGCGUGGGCGGGGCGCUGGCUCUGGUCACCCCGCCGCCGGCAGGCGCGGAAGAUGGAGGAGAGCGCGGACGUGUCCAGCGAGGGCAACUCGCUGAUCAAGGCGGUGCACCAGAGCCGCCUGCGCCUCGCCCGGCUGCUGCUGGAGGGCGGCGCCUACAUCAACGAGAGCAACGAGCGCGGGGAGACGCCGCUGAUGGUGGCCUGCAAGAGCAAGCACGUGGACGCCCGGGGCGUCAGCAAGGCCAAGAUGGUGAGGUACCUGCUGGAGAACGAGGCCGACCCCAACAUCCAGGACAAGUCCGGGAAGACGGCCCUCAUGCACGCCUGCCUGGAGCGCGCUGGCCCCGAGGUGGUCUCGCUGCUGCUCCGCAGCGGGGCCGACCUCAGCCUGCAGGACCACAGCAGCUGCUCGGCCCUGGUGUACGCCAUCGACGCCGACGACCCGGAGACGCUGCAGGUCCUGCUCAGCGCCUGCAAGGCCAGGGGCAAGGAGGUCAUCAUCAUCACCACGGCCAAGUCGCCCUGCGGGAAGCUCACCACCAAGCAGUACCUGAACACGCCUCCCGCGGGCGCGCCGCGCGGCCCGGGCCCCUGCGCCUCGCCCUCGGAGAUAGACCUCCGGGCGGCCUGCGCGGAGGACGCCCAGGACGGCUGGGACGCGGGCUCCCCGGGGAGGAAGCCCGCGCUGGCCCCGGCCAGCCCCUGGAGCAGGAGCCCCCCGGCCCGGAUGCGUCCCAGCAGGGUGGCCUCGCUGCAGGAGGAGCCGCAGGACGCGUCCCCCGAGGAGGAGCUGUGCCGCCGCGCCAGCGCGCUGGCCCUGUCCAGACGCUUCAUCACCAGGCACGAGAGCAUCGACGUCAAGGACACCGCGCACCUGCUCAGAGCCCUGGAGCAGAGCGGCGCCAGGAGGGUGUCGCACGAAGAGCCGCGCCACCGGGCCUUCUCCGCAGAGGCGCACCUGCCGCCGGGCGCCCAGACCCCCGCGGACGCGGACGCGGACGCGGACCCCGCCCAGCCAGCCUUUGCUUCCACCUUAAGAAGCGUCGUGCAGAAAAGAAACUCCGGGGCCGACCACUACAGCUCCGACUCGCAGCUCUCGGCCGCUCCGGCCGCUCCGGCCUCGGAAGACGGCAAGGCGCUGGCCGGCAAGAGAAAGGUCCUGGCGCCGGAGACCGCGCCCCCGGGCGCCCUGGGCCGGCGGCACCACGCGGCUCUGGAGAGGCGCGGCUCCGCGGCCUGGGCGCCCGAGCUCGGGGUCCCCCAGCCCAGGCCCGGGUUCCUGCCGCCCCUCCCCGUGACCCCCCACCCGCCCCUCUCGGAGGUCAGUGCCAGCAACAAGAUGGGCGGCCUCCUGUCCUGUGGCCAGAGAGUGCUUGUGCCCACGGUUCCCGCUUUCCCUAAGGAAUUCGGGAGUAAAAAAAUGUUGCUGAGGAGACAGUCAUUACAGACGGAGCAAAUUAAGCAGCUGGUGAAUUUUUAAGGGAUUCUGCGACAUUUUAAGGAAUGCAUCAGAAAACUACAGGGCGAGAGGAGCAACCUCCAGUGUCCAUCCUGCCAGGUCUGGGGCUGCUCCGUCCACAUGGUUAGGCGGUGAGGCCCCAACGUCUCUAGCGUUAGGCAGGUGCUGUGCACCCGCGAAUAGCACGCAGAGUCUGCCAAGGGGAUUCUCUCAAAGUCAAAGCUGUCUGCCCAAAACCUCCCACAUUUCAGCCACACUCAUGCGGUCCAAGUUUUUUUCAUUUAAACAAAGAUCAGCAAAGAAGGCCCCGUAUGUUGGCUAUAUAUAUAUAUAUAUAUAUAUAUAUAUAUAUAUAUUAAAUUUCAGAGGGACUAAAUAUUUUACUAGGAAACACUGGUUUUCAAGUCAGUCAUUAAGAUGGUAACUUUUGAUGUUGCCAAAAGCAUGAAAGAAAACAGGGACAACCAUAAAGUGUGAUAGGACCAACAAACGGAAGUAACAAGAAUUAACUCAUCCUUUAAAAAUAGCAGUUGAUUGCAGGCAGGUGAAAAGCGAAUUAAAGCUCAAACAGGACAGUCAGGACGGGCAGCUGGUGUCCAGGGGCAGCGCUAACGGCCGGACACGUGCAGCAGUUCUACAAGCCACUACAAAUCCACCAGUUCGAGCUUGCGUGCUGCCUGUGGCUUUUUGAUUUGUUUCCGAACAACUUGCCUGUCAUGCCAUCUUAUGUGGUUACUCUUUCCCUGUAUCUUUUCAUUCUCGGAAUUAUUUUUUGGAAGUCUCUCCAUAGCUUUCCAGUAACAAGGUGAUACAAACGUUAAAAGGCGUUUCUCUUUACUUCUUCCAAAAAGAAACAGCCUGCCCCACCUCCAAAAAUGUUGGGGACUUAACCACAAACAGAAAUCACAUGCUUGCUUCAAUUUAAAAAGUAAAAAUCUUAGAGUAGUCUAGGCUAGCUGCAGUUAAGAAAGCCAGUAGGAACUUAACCACAAGCUGUAUCAAGUAUUCGGUCAAUAUUCAACAGUCUCUUAGUUCUGAUCUGUAGUUAUUAGACAUUUGUGUAACAGGGACACGGAAGGAUGUCCUUUGUGUGACAGUCCACUCGUCUAGGAUUUUAGGACCUCUGAAUAACUUACAACAAAAUACAUGGAGACCAUGCUAUGCUUGGAAAACAUUGUCAAGUGACAGUAUUAUCCACAUGACUUCAAAGUACAGCACUGGUACCAAGAAUCCUUAUUUCAAUCUGGCAGUUUUACAGCAAGAAUAACCCCACCUGGGCAGAGCCUGGGGGUACCCAUUUGCCGCGUGUGGUGUGCAGCUUGGUUUCUUUGCUUUCUGUGAGUAGAUUCUCCUAGCAGCUGAUCUGAGGCCUUUCUUGGUAACCUGAUCUCAGCAAACUGUAACAUGCUUAGCAAUUACUUACGCUCUUGUGACAAGUAUUUUAAAAGUAAAUGAAGGUUAUCCCAUUUCAUGUUUCCGGGAACAUCAAUGUUAACUGCAUUAGGAAUAUUUUUGAGAUUCAGAACUUAGAGUUGUACCUGAUGCUUAUAGAAAACUAGAUGAUUUUUCCAAGAAGGAUAUAGUUUGGGAGAAGGUGUAAAUAGAUUAGUGCAUACACCAGUAACAAUAAAGAUUUAAA